AGCUCGCAGAAAACGUUAGAACACCGGGAUGUGACUGCAGUGUAAACCUCUGACAGGCCGGAUAUAGACGAGAGAAAACAACGGGAGGGAGCUGGGAGAGGCGGAGGAGCAUACUACCUGCAGGUCAUGGCCCUGUGCCCCUGCCUGUGACUGGGAUGAGCAGUGUGUAUCUGUUUCCUCUCUGCACUUGGAGACACUCCUGGAACCUGGCCAAUGACAUGUGAUAUGUGAGAAAUACUUUUCACUUCUUCCGGGUAUGCAGAAGAUCUACAAUUAUACCAAUAUGCUAUAUUUUCAGAUUGCGAUCACAUAACCCACCUGCAGUGAUGACAUGUAUAAAUGCAGCUGAGCUGGGAUGAAACAGAUGACACUGCAGGAAUACUUGUACUGAGUUGGCUUUAUUAGGCAAAAAACAACAACAAAGUGCUUCUUUAAUGAAAGUUUAAAAUUCAUUUUAGCCAUAAGACUGCCCUCAGUUGCUAUCGGAAUCUAUAUUUUAGCUUUCUCAGGUGAUGAUAAAGAAAAGAAGGCAUCUUCUGCUCAGUCACAAUGAACCAGCAGCCAGUUGACAGCGAGUACCCACAGAGCGGUGUCUUGAAUUCUCAUGGGUCAUUGCUUGAUGUCCAUUCAAUUAAUAGUGCUGAGUUUGUGGCAAGACUUGAAUCAUAUGAGGGCUCAGGGAAAAAAAGCAUAUCGGAUGUCAGAAGAACGUUCUGCCUCUUUGUCACCUUUGACUUCCUGUUUGUAGCUUUGUUGUGGAUCAUAGAGCUAAAUGCACAUGUUAAUAUUCUAGAGGCCUUGCAGAAAGAAGUUUUACAUUAUGACUACUAUUAUUCGUUCUUUGACAUCUUUUUGUUAUCAUUCUUUCGAUUUAUCGUUCUAAUUGUUGCAUAUGCAAUAUGCAAACUGCACCACUGGGGGGCAGUAGCGGUGACCACAGCAACAACUUGUGCCUUUCUGAUAGUGAAAGUUAUUUUAUCUAAGCUUUUUUCCCAAGGUGCUUUUGGCUAUGUCCUUCCUAUCAUGUCCUUUAUCUUGUCCUGGAUAGAAGUCUGGUUUUUAGAUUUUAAAGUUUUACCGCAAGAAGCUGGAGAAGAAAAUCGACGCUUAGUGAUACAGAGUGUCUCUGAACGUGCGGCAUUACUACCACCAGGGCCAAGGUCAGAUGGACAAUUCUACUCACCCCCAGAGUCUCCUGCAGAUUCUGAUGAAGAUGUUGAAGGGAAACAAGACAGUGAAAAAUCUCUUAUUUAGUAACAAGACAUUUUAUUGAAUGGAAUCAUAUCAGAAGAAGUGAUGACAACAUGAAUUAAAGCCACCUAAAGCCUUUUAUUCGAAUACAGAUCAUGCUGUUCUAAUGGAUAGAUCCAGAAGGCUGCUACCACUGUUGAAGAUGCUGUGGGCAUAGGUUUAAGCCUACCUUAGCAGGAUGAGAAAAAUAUAGUACAUACUUUGUAUUACAGCAGAUACCAUAGGAACACCGGCCUUGUAAUACUAUAUCCUAGAAAGGAUGCAAAAUUGGACAAACUUACUCUCCUGGAGUCCACAGUAUCAAAUGUCAGUGCCUUUGUGCUCUCUGUAAUGCAGAGAAAAGUGCAAACUUGAAGAUGGGUUCUUCUGUAAGAUUUAAAGUGUGAAGAAGAUGUGGGAUUUUAUUACAAAAUCAGCUUGGUGUUAAAUUGCAAAAAAUAAGUCAUUUAAAGAAGUAAAUUGUUCGCCUAAUGUAUUUAACAAAUCCUGACAAGCCUUUUCUAAAGUGGCACACUGGUAAGUGAGAAGAAACGGAUUCAGUAUACAGAUCUCCCUACACAGGGCAGGAGUUAGGUGUGUACGGUUCUGUAAACUCGUCUUGCUCAAACUUUUUUUGUUAGCUGCUAUUGUAGAGAUUAAUGCAAUUUUUUUUUUUUUUUACCCUUGUGUGUUAUCCAUAUUGUACAUUUCUGAAUUGUUUUCUAUUUAUUGUCCUUACUAAUUACUUAUUGUCCUUACUAAUUACUAAUCAUUUUUCUUACAUACUAAGCACUUUACAAGUGCAAUAUGACCAUUGGAUGUCCAGUAUCCAUUGUUCUUGCAUUCUGCAGAUGAUUUUGUGAAUCCAUCAGGCUUCAAAUAAAUAAAAAAUGAAGAAGGCCCUUAACAUAGAUAAAAGUAUGUGCAGUUUAGCAACCAGUCAGAUUCUUUGUCUUUUAAGGGAUGCCAAUUUCAUAAUAAUUGCAACGUAUAUCUUUGCAUUAUUUAAUUAAUGAAACAGUGCAGUGAAAAUACUUCAAAGGGAAUCUGUAAGUGCAGUGUCUACCCUUAAAGGGGUACUCCGGCGCUUAGACAUCUUAUCCCCUAUCCAAAGGAUAUGGGAUAAGAUGCCUGAUCGCUGGGGACCCCCGUGAUCUUGCACGCCGCACCCAGUUAAAAUCAGUCCCCGGAGCGUGUUCGCUCCGGGUCUGAUUACUGUCGAUCACUGGGCCGGAGCGUUGUGACUCAAGGCUCCGCCCCGUGUGACGACAGCUGUCACGCCCCCUUCCCAUAGACUUCCGUUGAGGGGGCGGCGUGACGUCACGAGGGGGCGGCCUCGAACACGGAAGCCCGCACACAGCGUUCGGAGUAAUAAACUUCCGGAUGCUGCGAGGCAGGGCAGUGGAGAGCCCCUUGAAGGUGCUGUUCACAUCAUACAUUUUAAUUUAUGUGUAUAUCUCGGCUCCACACAGACAUGUUUAACGUAUCCAUAGCUUUCCUUUGCAAGGCGGAGACCAAAAAGAGUGUUCUUUUUACAUCCAUCUGUCUGACUGCUAAACGUUAGUUUACAGAGAAAAAGGUAUAAGGCUCGGUUUGCUGCAUAGCAUUUUUGCACGGCAAAUAUGCAGAGGUGACAUGUUGGCAAUAAGUCAAUAAAGAAUUAAUAAAACGCCAAACCUACUAUGGUUUUUUGGUUUGAUUUCUCCCUGCUUUUAAGCAUUUUGGGGAUACCUGGACUUUUCCCAAAACAGAGCAUAGUAGACAAUAUAAUUCCACUGAAUUUAGUAAAAAGUAUCUGUCAACGUAUACAUUUUAAACAUAGUUCCAUCAGUAUGGCAUUAGUUACAGACAUCCGCUAAACCAAAAUGUAUUGAAUUUUUCAUGGCAUAUCUAUUAAAGGAGAACUCCAGCCAAAAUUAACGUAUCUCCUAUCCACAGAAUUGGUUAUAAGUAGCUGCUCGCUGGGAGUCCAACUGCUGUCACCCCCGUGUUCUUCGGUACGGGACCUCAGCUCUCUCAGUGAGGAGCGCAUCUAAUCUACUUGUAGACGGCACAUGCUCCAUUCAUUUCAGUGGGAAUGCCGAUGAUGCCAGAGUGCUGUACUUGGGUCUCUUUGGCACUCAUAGGGUUUUGUUCACACUGCGUAAUUCCCAAUUGGAAUUAUGCGCUGUGAACAUUAGCAUCAGUUUAAAUGGGUCUUCCGCAAGACCCAUUCACACUGAGGAAUUUCAGCGGCGAACAAUUCCGCCGCUGAAAUUGUUCUGCGCAAAGAAAGAACAUGUUCAUUCUUUGCGUGGAAGUCUGCAAGCACUGCAUAGCUGUCAAUGGUGAUGGCGCAGUGCCGAGCGGACCGCCAAAGUAUUUUCGGCGGCGGCCGCCAGAUGCACUCUCUGCUUGCGGAAUUCUGCAAGCAAAGAUUCCGCAGUGUGAACAUACCCUUUUACAAAUGAAUGGAGAUCAUGGGGGUUCCCAGCGGUCAGAUGCUUGCAAUCAGCUACUAUAUGGAGCUUUCCCUGGAGAAUAUGCUAUGUAAAAUGGGAUAUGAACAUCACCUAACUAUUCAGAAUGUAUAUGGCACUACCAUAUAAAAAUUUUUUUUAGAUAAGAUAACCACAAAGUAAAGCUACAUUUUACUGGGUAUAUGAAUCAAAUGUAUGUACUUUAUAAAUGCACUUUAUGGGUACCUGACUUCAGACAAUAAUGGGAAAUGAUAUAAUGUUUCAUAGUAGUCAUAUAUCCGCUUUCCUCGGCUAUAACAUUACUUACGGUAGUUGUUUUUUUAACAAGUAAUUAAGAACUUUCAUGAAAAUAACAACUUUUGUUUUUAAUGCCAAUGUUU